UAGGAAGUCAGGCGGUUGCCGUCAAGCCACCCAAAGAUGAAGAAAAAGUAUAUUGGAGAGCGAUCCGUGAGUAGCUCCUGAUUCACCGCCCAAUUUUGAAUCUACGCAAUGGUCUGCCCAUCCGAUGAAAAUUUAAUCACCUGGCUUUGAAAUAAGGUUACAGCUGCCCAGAAACUCCUGCAGUUACAUACAACGAGUCAUUCGACAGCCAGCUUGGUCAUGAUCAUAGUAUUGCUGGUCUAGAGUCAAUGUAAUGGCUCGAAAUGAGCUUAAGUAUAUAUAGACACCAAAAGACUUGAGAAUUCGGAGACUGUGGUCAACUGGCGAAGUAAGCGACACACCUACCGUUGUAUUACCCCGCCGUAUAUCACACACUCCUUAUCAGCACAGCACUUCACAAUCAUAUUCAUGGACUAAAUCGAUAUCAACUAUUGAUCUAAAAGAAUCUUGUUAUAAAAUGAAGGAACCUCAAGUUCUCAGAGUUCCCAGACACCGGGAGAGCUGGCGUCAGUUUUUCAAGCGCCUUAUUUUUGCCUUCACUGCAAUCGCUGUCUUCAUACCCGUCGUGAAAUUUCUAGCAAACUUUGUGGUGAGCACCAGCCUCAAGCAUCAAACAUAAGGGUCCAACGUUAACGAUAAAAGUCUCCACGAUUAAAGCUAUUAAUUGUCGUGAAUAUUAAUUCAUUAAAAUAUGAGACAUUCCGAAAAUGCUCCGUCAAUACAUUUCUUGAGACGGGGUUGCCAUGGUUAGAAACCGCUUCACCCAUUACACUCCAGGAAUUCGUCAACCGAAGGAAUAAUUUAGCGGUUGCUCUUGAAACUGAUGGGAUCGAUGCUUUUAUUGUUGAGCCAGGAUAUACAUUUCAAUAUUAUGCUAAUACCAGCCAAAAAGAUUGGGAGGCUUGGGAGCCCGAAGAGCGACCAUUUCUCAUGGUUAUUUCCCCUCAUUUCGAUACGGCUUUAAGCAAAGUUGUUGCAAAAACCUCAUUUCUGGCACCACAUUUUGAGGAGGGAAGGGUAAGAAUGCUCGGUAUGCCAUUUGAGGAAGACCUGAGUAUUAUUACUUGGGAAGAACACUGGGAUCCUUACUCUACGCUUUGGAAAAACUGGCAUAUAGCCACAGGUACAGAAGAUCCAAGCUCUAUUGGAACACCAAAAGUGAUGGUCGAUGAAGAAACGAGAGACUUCAUCCAAAGAGGCCUUGGCGAGAAUGAUUUCGAGGUCGUGGGGCUUGCUGGUAGUGUGAAACGAGUAAAGCAAACGAAAACAGUUGGUGAGGUGAAUAUCUUGAGAGCAGUCAAUACAGGAACUGUCGAGGCAUUACAAGCCAUGAGAAAGUGUAUGGUGCCGGGCUUGUCCGAAAAUGAGGUCAUGGCUAGUCUUGACAGUACAAUGCGAGCUGGUGGCAUGGAGCCAUUCUUCGAUAUCGUCCUUUUCGGUAAGCCGAGCAGUCAAUUAUCCCAAUUAUUUUCCGAAAAGUGGUCUCCAAACUGAUUUCAUUUGUCGCUGCGCAUCUAUUCAAAACUUCUUGGGACUUCAACAAAUUUUCGUCUGCCAUUUUCAUUUGAUCUAGCUUUUGUCUAUAUACCACCGUCUCCGUUGCUUGAAAAUCCCGGGUUCUAGAAAGUGUUCCUAUCCGAUUGCACGGUAUUCAUAUGGACAAAUGGGGGAGUAAGAAUUUGGCACAUAUUGAUCCAGGAGAGAAGACCGAGGAACGAUAGUUCCACGAGUAAUUUCCAGGAGUACCUAGAUCACUAGGGAGCCAUGCAGCUAUUUCUAAUCAAGUGGAAAAGAAUACAAGUUACCACAAAUGUGGAAUAUACUGACACGUUGGCAGACGAGAAUGCCGCAAUGCCGCAUGGUGGACCAAACGGAAGUAAAGUGCUAGAAAAAGAGACUCUCGUAUUAAUAGAUGUUGGGUGAGCUCUGAACGCCGCAGUCAUCAUAUACAAUCAAGCUAACAUUCCAAAGGGCUCACUUAUAUGGAUAUUCUUCAGAUAUUUGUAGAACGUGUUUUCCACCCUUCUUCACAGAACCGAAAGAUCAUUCACUUCUGUCACCAAUCGCCCAGCACAAAAUCGCAGUUUGGGGCGUUGUAUUUGAGGCACAAACCAAAGCUCUUCAUGCGCUGAAACCAAAUUCAUCAUGCGCAUCUGUAGACAUCGCGGCUCGGAAUGUCAUUGCUGAUGCCGGCUACGAGAAAGCAUUCACACAUCGUGUUGGACAUGGAAUCGGUAUCAAAGCGCAUGAGAGUCCAUAUCUGAAUAGUGGAAAUGUAGAAGAGAUACUAAAUGCAGGUAUGGUGUUCACACUAGAACCCGGAGUGUAUCUCGAGGAGAAGUUUGGUGUAAGGCACGAAGAUGUUUUCGUGGUGAAAGAGGAUGGAGAAGCGGAGAUUUUGACGGGUUUCAGGGCGAAAGGCCCUUGGGAUCCAUGAUGCGACGUCAAUGGUAGAAAUAUGAGAAGCAUUUAUUCGGAGCCCGAAAUGAGCGGCCGGGACGAUUUUAUAUAUAAUUAGUGCCGAUCAGACAAAUAAGUAGUCAAACAUUCAUAGAUACUAGCCAAUAGAAACUAU